UAAUUUUGGACAAACUGUUCCGCACGGCUACACGAGAACAGCGACACGAGGCAGGCCAUAGAUCGGUGAAGGUUCUUGCCAAACCAUCACCAGUGACCGUUUCCAUCCUUGAGGAGUCAGUUUAGAGUGAGCUUCCUGUAUCAUCUUUGAGUGGGAAAUAAUGACGACGGUUAGUCCGAGUUACCGAGAAGGAGGCUGGGGCUGGGCGGUCGUUCUGGCCUUCUUCAUGCUACAGUUCGUCUUUUUCGGCAUCCUGAAAGCUCUUGGAGUUCUGAUCACUUCUAUGAAGGAGGAUUUCGGUACGAAAUUGUGGGUCGUCGGCUCCAUAGCCUCGCUACACUAUGCAGUACAGUUUAUCCUAUCACCCCUUGCCGCUGCUCUGGCACGCCAUUUUAGCGGUCGCAUCUUGAUUCUUGUUGGCGGUACAUUCUACGGAGUUGGUCUGGUGGUGUCUGCUUUAACGCACAGUGUCGCCAUCUUGGCUCUUGCCCUUGUUGUUAUCGCUGGAAUAGGGGUCACGUUUGUGAUGGAGAUCACCCAUGCCGAACUUGCUUUUUACUUCCGGGAGAAGUAUCCUUUAGCAAUUUUCAUCGCGCUUACCGGAUCUCCAGUCGGUAUUAUGCUAUACGGUCCAAUAACCCAAGUUCUCGUAGAUACGUACGGAUGGCGAGGAGCAAUGCUUCUCCUCGGUGGCGUUGGUUUCCAUCUUGUUGUAGGAGGAAUGUUGAUACGAAGGCCGCCGAUUUCAUACCAAGCGGUACCCGAUCACGAGGAGCAACUCACAAUUGAUAGUAUCAACUCUCCUGGUAAAUCCAAGGAGGAAGUCAAACCGAAUAAGUCCAAGAUAUCCAACCUCUGGAAUUCAGUUUUCUCUGUACUGUGUCUCGAGGUUUUCGUGAGUGCUGAAUUCAUUAUUGUAGCAACUAUGAGAAUGCUGUAUAGUAUUGGAUACGGUGGUAUGGUUGUAUACAUGGUGCCUAAUGGUCUGGCGCUUGGUCUAAGCACCAGGGAGGCAUCAUUCCUGACUACAGCUUGGGGGGUUGGGAACCUGGCUGGACUGGUUCUGUGUGCUCUGGCUUUGCAUGUGAAGUGGAUUUCGGUCCGUAGCGCUGAAGGAAUAGCUGUGAGCGUAACUGCAGUAGGAUUCGCCCUGGAACCCUUCGUCUCUCCAUUCGUGGGUCAGAUUCUCACUACCUUCGUCGUGGGAGCUGGAAUGGGAUCUGCCAUCGAGGGGAUACUUGUCAUGACGAGGUGUCUACCUUUCGGUGACGACAAAUUUGUCAGUGUGUUGGGAUGGCAAACAUUUCUGGGUGGAGUAUCUGCUUCCAUUGGAGAUACUGUAUCAGGUUGGCUUUCUGAAGCGACUGGGAGUUUCCACGCAACAUUCUUCUUAUAUAGUGCUACCAUGGCAGCGAUAUUAUUGUGUCUUCUUGUGGAUGCCAUUCGCAUCACUUCCACUACCGAAUCUUCCAAGCAACGUGGGCUUGCGGUUCUAAUGCCUUCACUCUUUAAGAGAGACUCAAGUAUAAUCUUCCAAAGGAUGCCGAUUCAACUGAAUACUAAUUCAGCACAAUGAUUACACAGUUUUAAUGACAAAGGUUCAAUUGUAUAGUGCAGUUAGCGUAACAGAAUUAAACUUGAGCCUUUUGGAAAAUAUAUGUACGAACAUUAUUUUAAGAUGUUCAAAAAACAUAAAUAUUUAACGUACUAUAUUAAAUGUACAUGUACUAUAAAAAAAACUAUACUAAUGGAAUGAAUAGGUGCUUGGCCGGUUUUAAACAAGUACGUUUAAAACUGGCUUGGUGCCUUGAC